AUGGCUAAGUUGACCAAGCGCGGGAAAGUAGUGAUAGCAUGUGCUGUGUUUCUGUAUGUACUGGUGUCAGCUCAGAUCGGUAGCUGGAAAAUGAAGAACAAUUUCUAUAAAGGGUUCAAAACGCGGCUUCCGAUCACCUCUAACACCAAAGAUAUCAACCUAAAACAGUUCCAAUCAGAAAACCUGCGACAGCAAUCAGUUGCGAGUUUGAGAUCACAGCUAACGCUCCAGUUUCCGUAUGAUGCAUCGCAACCGAUGCCGCAAAGGGUGUGGCAGACUUGGCGAACAGCAUUGGACUCACCCAAAAUGUCGCCAGAAUUUCGCAGAUUUAGCGGUCUCUGGAGCGAAGCAGUAGCGGAGCAACAAUUCGGCGAAUACGCCUUGGUCCCAGAUAGCCAUAUGUCGUCACUGCUACAAAACCUGUACGGUGCAGUUCCACAGGUUAUUCAGGCGUUCGAUUCCCUUCCACUUCCAAUUCUCAAAGCGGACUUUUUCAGAUACCUAAUACUGUACGCACGCGGUGGUAUCUACUCGGACAUGGACACGUACCCAUUGAAGCCACUGGAUUCGUGGCCAUCGGUAGCCUUGGAUGAGAAGCCUCAUGCGCGGUUGCCUAUUCAAUAUAGAGGAGUGCAACCAGAAAGCAUUGUCUCGGCUCCAGAACCGGGUUUCGUGGCCGGAAUAGAGGCCGACCCAGACAGAUUUGAUUGGAAUGAGUGGUAUGCGCGUAGAAUUCAAUUUUGCCAAUGGACAAUUCAAUCCAAACCGGGCCAUCCUCUUUUGAGAGAACUCAUCAUCAACAUCACCGCAACCACACUUGCAAGCACGAAUAUCAACAGCAAUGUCCAGGCACCAGCUUUCAUACUGGAUGAAGAUCAUAAAAGUGACUACUUGGUGAAUUGUCGCGAUAAAAGAAGAAAUGACGAUAACUUUCCAGCGCAACAGAAAAAAACAUCGAAAAAUGUUGAUGGAACUGAUACCAUGAACUGGACAGGGCCCGGCAUUUUCACAGAUGCCAUUUUCGACUACAUCAACAAUCUGGUGCAGACUAAUACCGACAUAUCCAUUAUCAACAACAAUUUGGGGGCGGAUCAUCAGGGCGGCUCUAAAACUCAACAGUUUUACCGGAAAAUCACUCAGGGCCUCGAGUCAAGCGCCACUUUUGUCAAAGAGUUUUUCACUUUGAUUGAAGAGCCGGUGAUGAUUGAUGACGUGAUGAUUUUACCCAUUACCAGCUUUUCACCAGGUGUUAACCAGAUGAACGCCAAGAUGGACGACGAUAAGAUGGCGUUCGUCAAGCAUAUGUUUGAGGGAUCAUGGAAGGGCGACGAAGCUACGAGGAAGAAAACCUCACAACAGCAGGUUUCUGGUGAUGAUGUCUGA